AUGAACUACGAGCAGACGAAACGGUUCUUGCUGACAAGCCUGCGUCGGGCGGAUGCCUCGAAUGACCUCGAGAAGGCCAAAACUGCCAUCUUGGCCGACCUUAAGGAACUGCAGAUCAAGAAGCAGAAGCCCGAUCAAUCCUCUGCCGCUGCGUCUGCAUUAGCCCCAACAACUGCGGCUGCCACAGCGUCUUCGCAUAGUACCGACCAAGAUGUCAAGGACAUUCUCGACUACGCUCUCCAGCAACGCCACGACAAGGGCGAGGGUUGCGGUGGCGGUAGCGAGAUGGAAGUCGAGGGAACGCCUGCCGCAACAAGUCGCAAGUACGAAGACGUCGGGCUGCUGAUCGAUAUCGCGCUGUGGCUUGGGCGCGAGAAGAUGAUCGAGUCUGCGGCACCUCUGGAGUUGGUACGCGAUUUCUUCCUGUCCCAUACGAUCGAGGAAUGCCAGCAGUUCUUUGCGCUGCUCGAAGAUCGCGCCGAUCAGCUCUCUCGCGCCAUCGUCGGGGAUACGCGCGCCAACAAUACCCUCCUGCGAGCGCUCUCCGAGGUCCGUAAGCGGCUCUCCCGCACGAACGACCUCGUCUUUGCCGGUCGCAUCCUCAUGUUCAUGGCCUACGCGUUCCCCCUCUCCGACAAGUCAGGCGUCAAUCUCAAGGGUGAAGCGAAUGUGGCCAACGUCACCACAAUGGACAAGGAGCCCAGUCCAGCCCUCGAAGAAACCCCAGAAGACAAGUCGGAACCGCCAGUGGACUGGACAUUCUAUCAGAUGUUCUGGGGGCUGCAGUCGUACUUUUUGAAUCCUAUCAAGGCCUUCGAAGCCUGGCAGGUCGUCACUGGUCACCUCAACUCUGUCCUUGACCUGUUCAAGCAAUAUCCCAUCUCGGAAGAGGAGGCCAGCGCGGCGAGUUACAGCUACGCCAACCCGCCGGCGGCGAGUGAGUGCUAUCUCACGAAGUAUCUCACCUCCAGCCGACUCCUGCGCUUGCAGCUGCGCGACCCGUGGUUCCGACGCCACAUCAUGGUCCAGUUCCUGGUCUUCUUUCAGUCCCUCCGAGUCGUCAGCGAAUCCUCCACCGUCGCUCAAAAGCUGACCGAGCAACAGAAAAAUGAGAUUGCCGGUUUGACAAAGAAAACCAAAACCUCACUCUGGGAAACCCCGCCCAAUGGGAUGCACUUCACGAACACCAUCUACGCCAUCCUCAAGCGCGAAAACAAUUGGACGGAUUGGAAGAAAGAAGGCUGCCCACCAUUCGAAAAGCCCCCGGUAGCACCGCUGGAGCCAGCAGCUGUGCGGGCUGCGCGCGAAGUGCGUUUCAACAAAAAGAAGAAGGGCCUUGCUGCCCUCCUCGAA